CGCCUUGAACGCAGUCGUAUAUCGAUUCCGGCGAAUCCCCGGCCUCUUCCGGCGCGGCAACUUCUUCCGGUUAAUGUCGUGGUACUCUGCUGUUGUCGGAGACGAGACAGCAAGCCGUAGUCAAGCAUGAAGUUUAACAGCUUGGUUUCAUCCUCGCGGAGGAAAAACCGCAAACGCCAUUUCACCGCACCUUCCCAUAUCAGAAGGCGACUAAUGAGCGCUCCUCUGUCAAAGGAACUUCGCCAGAAGUACAACGUACGAUCCAUGCCCAUCCGCAAGGACGACGAAGUGCAGGUUGUCCGCGGUCACUACAAGGGACAGCAAGUUGGGAAAGUUGUACAAGUGUACAGGAAAAAAUUCGUCGUUUAUGUUGAACGAAUUCAGAGGGAAAAGGCUAACGGAGCGAGUGUCUAUGUUGGCAUUGACCCUUCCAAGACGGUGAUUGUCAAACUAAAAAUGGACAAAGAUCGCAAAAAGAUCAUCGACAGGAGGAGCAAGGGACGUCUUGCUGCUCUAGGCAAAGAUAAGGGCAAAUACACCGAGGAUACCACUGCCGCAAUGGAAACCUCGUAAACCGUAAAACAUUUCCCAACUUAUGUACCACAAUAAAAAACGUAAAACCUCAA